AUGGCACGCGCUGGCAUGCCGCUCGCCUUGUUCUUCACGUUGUGCCUGCUUGGCAAUGUUUCGUUUGUGUUGGCAGGACUGACAUCAUGGAACAACCUGACCUUGUCUAGCAGUCCCGAGAAUCGGCGACUGCACAGUGCGGUCAUGAAUGAUGCUGGUCGAAUCUGGAUUUUUGCUGGGAUAGGCACAACUUCAGGCACUUUUUUCAACGACAUCUGGUACAUUGACACGCAGGUGGCAAAUGCUACUUGGAACCAGCUUUCCGCAACAAAUGCCCCCCUCGCUCGCAGCCAGCACGUCGCCGUACUUUCCAAAGAAGGACGCAUGUGGAUGUUCGGUGGACAACGCGACAACGGAUGGCUUAGAAGCGACCUCUGGUACAUCGAUGUGGAGGCCGCGUCGCCACAGUGGACGCAGGCCAGAGCUCACACCGGUGCGGGUUCGCGUAAAAGCCCGAGCGCCGUUCUGACUGCUUCGGGGAAGAGGAUGUACCUCUUUGGUGGAGAGCAAGGCGGCGUGCACAACGACUUGCGCUAUUUUGAUUUGGAGGCGGCGUCCCCUGACUUCGUGACCGUCUCCCCAAACGGCACCUUGCCAACGGCGCGGACCUGGCACACGGCCGUCGUUGAUGGGAAUGACGUCAUGUGGGUCUUUGGCGGCUCGAGCUCGGGGGGCUAUCUUAACGAUCUUUGGCGCAUCGACCUUCAGGCUAGCAGCCCCACGUGGGAGGAGCUCACUCCGAGCGCAGGCCCUUCGGCCAGGCGCGAUCACACCGCGGUCAUAUCGUCGACCGGGCGGAUGGUGAUUUUCGGCGGAACCGAUGGUGUGAGGUUGAAUGAUGCAUGGUACAUCGACUUGCGCGCUACGAGCCUCGCCUGGACGCAACUGAAUCCAGUCAGCACUGCUCCGCCAACUAGGAAGUUCCACAGAUCCGUCUUAAGUUCGAAGGGGGAGAUGUGGACCGUUGGAGGAGAUACCGGCGAGCUGAGCGAGCUGUGGUACGCAGAGGCCCUUAGUCCAGAGUGGCUGGAAGUCUCCGCGACAGGCCCCGUGGGACGCUGGUCGGCCUCCGCCGUGCUCGAUCCGUAUUAUCGGAUGUGGGUGUGGGGUGGCUAUGAUGGCACGAGCUAUUACAGCGACUUGUGGUUUCUGCUAACCGAAGCUGAAAGUCCAAGCUGGUAUCAAGUCUACCCAUCAGGCAACAUCUCCAGUCGAGAAGGGCACAGUGCAGUCAUCUCAUCGAGUGGGACAAUGUGGGUCUUCGGGGGGAACGACAAUGGCAGUCCAUCGAGUUCUGUCUCCUCUAUCAACUUGCAGGACAAUUUUCAGUGGACGGACGUGUCCGUAGGAGGAUCUAUCUUUCCUCGGAGAUACCAUUCUGCCGUGCUCACGGAGGACGGAAAUAUGUGGAUCUUUGGCGGGGAUGAUGGAUUCGGGGUGGACCUCAAUGACCUGGUGUACUACAACACCAACUCGGGCGGCUCGUGGACAAGCUCGGCUCCCUCGGGUACUCUUCCAACCGGUCGGCGUCAGCACAUAGCCGUCGCCAACGAGACCAUGAAGAAGAUGUGGAUCUUUGGCGGUUGUGCAGGCUCAACCCCAAGUUAUAUGAACGACGUGUGGAGUAUCGACUUGCAGGACACAACCAGCCUGUCCUGGACACAACUAUCCGUGACCGGCACAAUCAGUGGCCGUGCAGGUUCCACAGCCGUCAUAACCUCAAGCCUGCGGAUCUGGAUCUUCGGCGGGACCGAUGGAAGUGUCUUGGAUGACGUGUGGUUCAUCGACCCCGAGGCAGAGAGUCCGUGGUGGGGGCAGGUGGUCCCUGUGCCCACGGCAGGGGCCCCCGUCGCCCGGCAGCUCGCCAGCGCUGUCUUGACAAGCCAGGGGGAGAUGUGGAUGUUCGGCGGGGCAAAUGGCACAAGUAAUGGCACAAGUAAUGGCACAAGUAAUGGCACAAGUAAUGGCACCGUUGCGUUGUCGGAUGUGUGGCGACUGACCCCGCUGGCGGACGACCUAUCAAGUACAUCCACAACAACCAGCUCAAGCACGUCGAUGUCCAGAACAUCAAGCACAUCAAGCACAUCAGUCACAAACACGACAACAUCCACCACUGUCACGUACACGAGGACUAUCACAACCACGACAACCGCCACUGUCACGCACACGGCCACGACAACAGCAACGACAACACCCACGACAACAGCCACUGUCACGCGCACGAGCACGACAACAGCCACGACAACAGCCACUGUCACGCGCACGACCACGACAACAGCCACGACAACAACCACUACUGCCACAACAUUUCUGUCCAAUACAAGCACAACCUUGACGACGACAACAUUCUCUGGCACGUACACAUCCGUCACGAACACCACCACGACGUCUACGGUUUCUACUUCCGUUAGCUCAAGCGUUUCAAGCACCUUUUGGGUUUCAAGCACUGGAUCAACCACAUCGAGCUCAUCACUCACCUCUACCUCCUCGAGCAUCACCCAGAGCACCAUCUCAUCUUCAAGCUCAAGCAUCAGUUCUGUGACCACUUCUUCGACAUCGAGGACGUCCAGCAGCAGCAGCUCUAUCAGCUCCACGACAACCUCCAGUACCUGGUCUAUCUCCAGUACGUCAACUUCAACCAUCAGCUCCAUAACAAGUACAACCUCAAGUGCCACAAGUUCAAGCACCACUUCCACCACCUACAGCUCAACCCUCUCCAGCACGAGCUCUUCCUCGCAGACGGUGUCCUCCACGACGACAACCUCUUCAAGCCACACAACGAGCAGCUCGACAUCAACAACUUCGACAUCAAGGACGUCCACGAGCAGCAGCUCUAUCAGCUCCACGACAACCUCCAGUACCUGGUCUGUCUCCAGUACGUCAACUUCAACCAUCAGCUCCACAUCAAGCACAACCUCAAGUACCACGAGUUCAAGCACCACUUCCUCAACAAGAACUGCGACCUCAACCAGCUCAACCCUCUCCAGCACGAGCUCUUCCUCGCGGACGGUUUCCUCCACGACGACAACCUCUUCAAGCCACACAACGAGCAGCUCGACGUCAACAAGCAGCUCGACCACGUCUUCAACAACUACUUCCACUUCGUCAUCGUCCAGAUCCAGCACUUCGAGCUCAAGCCGUACAGACACCAGCACAUCCCUGACCUCCUCCAGCACCACUUCUUCAAGCACCACAUCGACUUCCACAUUGCUUGGAUCAGUGGUGAUCCCAAAGGAGUUCGAAGGGACGACGCAGGGCCAGGUGCUUGCACAGUCGCUGCAGACGGCCCUGGCUGCAGCUCUCCAGGAGGACCCUGUGCUUUCCGCAACCACACCUGCGGGCAACGUCACCGCGGUGAGGUUGGCGACGCCUGCGGCCACGGGCCCAACUGUGCUGCAGCUGAACCGCACACGCAACCCGGGUUCCCCACUCACCGUGGUGCUACCACCGGCCCUGAUUCAGGACGUGUCUAGCGGAGGAAAUGCGGUUCUGGUUGUCACAGAGGUGAAAGACGAAGUGGCAGGGACUUUGCCGCAUGAUGGGGCAGACGGCAAGGUCAUGGUGAACUCCCCAAUCAUAGAGCUCUCCUUCGCCAAAGAAGCCAGUGGGGAGGUCGCCGUACUUGAUAUAGUCCGGAACAACGACACAAUCGUGUUUGCCAUGCUUGGCCGUCCGCCGGUCCCUGGUGAAAGCUGCGCCUUCUUCAAUUCCAGCACGGGACUUUGGUCCAAUGCUGGCGUGCAGCUCAUGAGUAGCUUCGAGGUGGGCGGCGAAAUCGUCGAGGCCUCUUGGUGCCGAACAUCGCACACCUCCAUGUUUACCAUUCUCGAGAGCGUCCCUUUUGACGUCCUUUAUGAGACCGAUACCAACAACAUGAAUGCCAGUGGCUACACUGUGGUGUUGGCUUUGGUGGCGGUCGUGUGGUGCAUUGGCGGCACUGUGCUUUGCGUCCUUUGCCUGCGUCGGGUGAGACCGCCAAGCUCGGGGCGAGCAAAGCUGAUGUACGCUGGCGGAGGUGCGAAGCAAAUGUCGUUUCAGUGCAGCAGGGUUAUCACGGAACCAGUGGAGGGCGACACGACUCCAAAGCGUGGCAAGGCGCAGAAGGUGCUGGUGAAGUGGGACAUCGAGCCGGAGGAGAUGGUUGAAGACCUUGACAAGCUUCGCGGCUACCGGGGAGUGACAAGGGAGCUGGGCGGCCCCCAGCACGAGGUGGUCCAGAUCAAGUCCGAAACAUCUCACCUGUCCCGGGCUUCCGAACGCCUAAUGACCCAGCGCUCCCUGCAGAAUCUCGAAAACAUCUUUGGGGGGCUUGAUCCAGACGAUGGAGAAGAAGAGCAUGAAGAGCAGAGUGAGCCAUAUGACCUGAGGGACCUGGCUGACAACGAAGAUCCCCUAAUACCGGUUGAUGUCGAUGAGUUCUGCAGAGGAGGGCGCCCAUUCGAUGCCUACAUGCACGGAGAGGAAGUGCUGUAUUUCUCUUCUUCACAAAAACGCUUCAUCCCGGCAUUCAUCGAGGGGCCUGGCCUAUUUCCAGACGACGGCGGAGCGCCAACGUACAACGUCCUGGUCGGGGUCCGCUCACAGCUCCGAGAGCACGUUCCUCUUCAACUUCUCCGGCCACCUUUGGCAUUGGGCGCCCGCGUGGAGGUCUUCUCUGAGAAGAACCGGUGCUGGCUGCCUGGCCUGAUCAUUCGAGAGCCGGUCGGCGCCCUCAUGCACUUGGAGACCUUCCAGGUGUCGCUGGAUACUCCGCAGGAGGCCCCGCAUCGGCGUCUCUCGACCCGGGGUCCCGUCACGGCGCUGCCCGAGCAGGAUGGCACGGACAAAGUCUGGAACGUUCCUCUCAGCCGGCUCCGUCGGCGAUUCGAGAGGGGCAGCCAGGUCCUCGCCUAUCGCGACGAGUACCCCGGCUGGGCCCCGGCAACUGUGGAGGCCACUGUGGCCGAAACAACACCGGUUCUUGAAGAGACCAGCCCCACGGCGAUGUCACCACGUCCGCUUGAGAUCCCGGAGGGCAUGGACACCAUGGUCCCUGUUUGCUUCCCUGGAGAAGCAGCAGCCGUCUCAAUACCAUCCUAUCGCCUCCGCGAGCCCCGCAAGCUCGACUUCUUCUCAGUCUGA